AUGAAGCUCCUAAGUUGGAAUGUCCAUGGGCUUGGGAACCCACGCGGCAUUCGGACCCUUUGCGAUCUCAUCAAGAAGGAAGCUCUCGAUAUUGUGUUUCUUCAGGAAACCAGGUUACAAGUGUGUGAUUUUGAUUCUUGUAAAUUUAAGCUUGGAUUUAGUAAUUGUUUGGUAGUGAGUAUUGAAGGAAGGAGUGGGGGUAUUGCGUUGUUGUGGGGAAGGGACAUUAAUUUAACGAUUUUGAACUAUUCGAAAUACCAUAUUGAUGCGUGUGUUACGGUGGAUGGGAUAAGCACUGAUAAGUUCUUCCUUACAGGGGUUUAUGGUCAUCCCAAUCAUAGCCUUAGGCAUAGGACAUGGGAUUUGAUUUGCUCCUUAUGUAGACAGGUGGAUGAGGCUUGGUUGGUGUUUGGGGAUUUUAAUGAAAUCCUCUAUCAGCAUGAGAAAUGGGGUGGCCGAGAUAGGCUUGAAAGGCAGAUGCUGGCAUUUCGACAGGUUGUGAAUGAUUGCUCCUUGCGUGAUAUUGGGUUUAGAGGUCCUAAAUAUACCUGGUGUAAUGGUAGGGAGUCGUGUUCGAGUAUUAGUGUACGACUGGAUAGACUUUUUGGGAAUCCACAAUGGUGGGCUAGAUUUGCACAUGCGAGAGUGUUACAUGAAGGGGCUGCUUACUCGGAUCACAGUCCCAUUUGGUUACUCUCAGAAGUAGCAACUGUGGAAAGGAGGAGGGUGAAGCUGUUUGGGUUUGAAGCCAUGUGGCUUGGGGAGACAGGUUGUGAUAAUAUUGUUGAAGAUACAUGGAGGGGGGCCACAUACAGCAACUCCAUGGAUGAUUUGAUGAGGAAGAUAUCAAAUUGUGGGAAAAUACUACAAGCUUGGAAUCAUACUAGUUUUGGUCAUGUGCAAAAGAAACUCACACAAGCUAAGCUCCGAUUACGGCAAUUGCAAGAAAUGGAUCUGAUGAGCUUAAGAAGGGUUGAACAGCAGGCUAUCAGGGAAGAUAUUCAGAAGUGGAAGAAGAAUUCUAUUGGGAAAUUACUUAAUGAUGAGGGGGAGUGGCAGGAAGGGGAGUUGAGGGAUGGGUUGAUCACUGAGUAUUUUCAGCAGAUGUUUACAACUGCAAAUCAGAGAGGUCCCAUGGAUUUUUUGGUAGCACUUGCAGGAAGGGUGUCUAAUGCUAUGAAUGAAGACUUCUCCAAAAGGUAUACAGAGGCUGAAGUUUAG